UGGUAACGAAUGAAAUGUCAUGCGUGAGCUACCACAGAGGGGCGGUGCGUUGUAGGGGGAUCCCCUGUGUACAAAGAAAAGCGUUUGAUACAGAUUUAAUUUCAUUGUGUUCCACUUUCCUUUAGUAGUUGCUUUUCUGGCUUGAGUGUGUUAACAACCUCAAAAUGGAACCACAAGCACUGCAAAUAAUAGAAACCCAGCCGGACGAUACCAUCCUUUUAAAUGAAGAGGCUUUACGCAACAUUCUGACACAAGAUGAAAUUAGAGACAGAUAUGUUGCAGUUAUAUCCAUCACCGGAGCAUUCAGAGGAGGGAAAUCAUUUCUUCUCAAUUUCUUGUUACGUUACUUGAAGAUUAAGUAUCUUGAAAAGCGAAAUGUAACUGAUUGGUUGACCCCAGAAGAUGGACCUUUGAAGGGGUUUUCAUGGGCAGCUGGGUCAAAGCGACACACGUCUGGAAUUAUGAUGUGGCCACAAGUUUUCCUAACAACUUUACCCACAGAAGAAAAGGUUGCUAUUUUUCUUCUAGAUACACAAGGGUCUUUUGAUAAUCAGACCACCAUGGAUGACUGUGCUAAAAUUUUUGCCCUCAGUACUCUUAUUAGUUCAGUUCAGAUUUACAACGUAAUGCGUACUAUAAGACAGUAUGAUUUGACACACAUCCAGUGUUUUGGUGGUUUUGGAAAUCUUUUAACUAACGGUGAAAGCGCUCCUUUCCAGAAUUUUACUUUUUUGGUGAGGGACUGGGCGUGCCCGUAUGAACAUCCGUAUGGCGAUAUUGGGGGAGCUGCAAUGCUUGAACAAAUUUUCAGCAGCAAAAAUCCAGAAAUUCAAGAACAAGUUAUCAACAUUAAAAGCUUAUUUAAUGAAACGAAUUGUUUUUUAAUGCCAUAUCCAGGUCGCACUGUUGAUGCUUCUAAUACUUUUAACGGCAGCUUGGAUGACAUCGACGAGUCUUUCUUAGAUAACGUGAGUGACUUUGUGACACUCUUGUUGUCACCGGAAAAUCUCGUCUUGAAAACUGUCAAUGGGGUGAAAUUAAAAGCUGAAGACUUUAUGUGUUACAUAACAGAGUACUGUAAUAUUUUGAAAGACGGUGACUUGCCGAAAAUGGAGACGAUUUUCAAGGCGACUAUUGAAGCCCAUCAUAAGGCCGCAUUGAUGCAGGCGUUAAAAAUAUAUAAGAAAAACAUGGACGUUGACGUUAAAUACAGUCCUAGGUCUUCAAACGAAACCGAACUGUUUAAAAAACACACCACAAAUAAAAUCAAGACCAUUGAUUAUUAUACGAAAAUUAAAAAAAUGGGCGAUCCCCACAUUUUCGAUAAAUAUUUAAUUAGACUGAAAAAUGAGGUGGAAACUGAACACAAACGUUAUAGAGUAUUAAAUGACGAAAGAAAGCGGAAACUGGAACAAACGAAGAAGAGAAUGGAAGAGGCUCAACGGAUGGCGGGUGCUAGAGCUAGUAGUAGCGGCUUGAGUCAGCUUAAUACAGCAGAAAAAGUCGGAAUAGCGGCUAGUGUUAUUGGCGGAGUUGCAGUUUUAGCGUUUGGUGCCUCAAAAUUGUUUUCUAGCUCUAGAGGUAACAAUGAUUAGGGAACUUUAAGAUAAUGAUUUAUUCACUUUUAUUUGAUGGAGACAGCGUACUAAUAAAAUUUAAUUCGCUUAUUAUGUAACGUUGUGGUAAACUACUGCAUUAAUAUUAAAUUAUUACACUAAAA